AUGGUGCGAAGAAAUCGCCGCAGACAGCGAUCCCGAAAAAGUGCCUCCCAUGAUUUGGACUCGGACGGUCUCCUCGAUGGCGCUCCGCGGCAGGCGGUCGAAGGUGGCGAUCCUACCGAAGGGACGGCGCGGCCACCCUUUGACGCGGCUUCCCUCGAGUUCGAGUAUGUCAAGCUCCUGAGUAUGAUCUUAUGA